AUGCGCAGAGACUUUAUCCGCGAUCUGCCGAUCGAGCUGUCCACACGGAUCCUCAGUUACCUGCCGCUAACCGACAUAACCCAGAGUGUCUCGCUGGUGAGCCGCCAGUGGUGGUCCGUGACCCGCAGCCGCUCUCUGUGGCAUUCGCUGUUCAUGCGGCAAGGCUGGAAAAUCGACAUGGACCGUUUCCUGCCCCCACUUACCAAUAUCCCGGCUAACUGCACAGCCUUGGCACACCACGAGAGCGCACCGCCGAUCGCACCGGUGGACUGGCUCGACAUGUACAAGCGCCAGCAUCUGCUGCAGUCGAACUGGGCGCAUGGGGACUGUAGGACUAUAAGGUGGCCGAAUGCGCAUACAGAGAGCAUCUAUUGUCUGCAGUUUGACCGCCACAACCGCCUGUUCACGGGCAGUCGCGAUCACACGGUCAAGGUGUGGUAUCUGGCUGACAACGGUGAGAUCACGCCGCUGGCCACGCUGUGUGCCCACACGGGGUCUGUGCUCACGCUGCAGGUCGACGGGGACACGCUGAUUACGGGAUCCUCCGAUGCGACCAUCUGCGUGUGGGACUUGAAAACACAGACAGUCCUACAUACGCUGCGGCAUUCGGACUCGGUGCUGUCGCUGCGGUUCAACGACAAGUGGCUGGUGACGUCGUCCAAGGACCGGACUGUGCGGGUGUGGGAGCGUGGCUCUGCCUACGCCAGCUCGUUUGAGCUGCGCGGCCACCGUGUGGCCAUCAAUGCCGUGCAGCUGGUCGACGAUAUCCUGGUGUCGGCCUCGGGCGACCGCACAAUAAAAGUGUGGGACCUGGGCACGCGCUCGUGCAUUUUAACCUUGUCCGACCAUACCCGCGGCGUCGCAUGUCUGGAUUUUGACGGCAAAUACAUUACCUCGGGCAGCAGCGACCGGUCAAUCCGCAUCUGGAAUAUCGAGACUGGCCAGUGCGAGCGCACCAUCAUCAACGCCCACACCGAUCUGGUCCGCACCAUUAUGUUCAACCGCGAAAUGGGCGUCAUUGUGUCGGGCUCGUAUGACGAGUCUAUAAAGGUGUGGAGCUUUGAAUCUGGCGAGCUGCUACAUCGAAUCAAGACUGCACACACGUCCAGGGUUUUCAAGCUCAUGUUUGACCGUUCAAGGAUUGUGUCUUGUUCGCAUGACAAGGCUGUGACCGUGACUGAUUUUGGCGCAAAUGUACCCAAUGCUCGGCUAUUCUGCUAA